AUGGCCUCUUACACUAUCCCCACGGCUACAGCCAGCACCACCGGCACCAACACCAAAAAGUUUCGUGUACUUCUCAUUCCUUACUUCGCAAAUAGUCACAUCAAGCCCUUCACUGAGCUAGCGAUUAGCCUUGUUGCAGCUAAUGAGUCCGUAGAAGUAACUGUGGCGGUCACGCCGGCGAAUGUCUCGAUCGUCCAAUCCUUCUUGGGCUGUGAGCAUAAUCCAAAACCAGAAGCCGUCAAGAUAGUGACCUACCCGUUCCCAACAAUUGAAGGCAUCCCCCAGGGUGUGGAGAACGCCUGUAAGGCCGGGAACCAGGACGUAUCGUCGCGCUUCAUCGAGGGUAGCCUAACGGAGGAGGUGAUGCGGCCCACGCAUGAGGCGCUCAUCCGGGCGCAGCAUGCUAACGCCAUCGUCAACGACAUGAUGUUCAUCUGGAACAGCCCCGUCGCCGAUGAGCUCAGCGUGCCGUGCGUGAUAUUCAGCGUCAUGGGCGCCUUCUCGACGCUCGCCGUGCGUCACCUGAUGGACGUUGUCAUCGACGACAUAAAUGAGGUCCCCGAGUUUCCCGUCCCUGCUAUACGGAUCCCAAGGUCCGAGGUGCCGGAGUUUAUUAGGGUGAAUGACUGCUCAUACCAUAGGACGAUGGAUUCGCUUCAAGCUGACUGCUUCGGCCUCGCCAUGAACACAUCAGCAGACUUGGAGAAAAAUUAUUGCGACAUGUACAUGCGCAGAGGCUACGUGAAGCGGGCAUACUUCCUAGGGCCAGUGGCGCUGCUGCAUGCAUCAUGCUCGCAGCCACCCACAGCCACAGCCACAGCUGGUGAGUGCUACAUCAUGGAUUGGCUUGACUCCAAGCCAAACCGUUCGGUGGUGUACUUGUCCUUCGGCACCAUCGCUGUCGUCAAGGAUGCUCAGCUGGAGGAGAUUGCCUUGGGGCUGGAGUCCUCGGGGCAUUCCUUCUUAUGGGUUGUGAGGGGAGAGUGGACUCCGCCAAGAGGUUGGGAGGAGCGUGUACAAGAUAGGGGGCUCAUCAUCAAAGCCUGGGCUCCACAGACGGCUAUACUAGGACAUCCGGCGGUGGGUGCUUUUGUGACCCAGUGUGGGUGGAACUCCAUCCUAGAGACGGUGGCCGCCGGCGUGCCUGUGCUAACAUGGCCCAUCUUCUAUGAACAGUUCAUCACCGAGAGGCAAGUCACGCAAGUCCUAGGAAUCGGGGAGCGGCUGUGGCCAGAUGGAGCCGGCCUACGGAGCGAGACUUAUCAGGAACACGAGCUGGUACCGGCCAAAGACGUGGCACGGGCAUUGACAGAGUUCAUGCGACCUGGCGGGCUCGGCGACGCUGCGAGAAUCAAGGUCAUGGACCUCGCCGCAAAGGUACGCGCAGCCGUGGUGCAAGGAGGCUCCUCGCACCGUGAUUUGCAUCGUCUCAUCGAUGAUCUCAUGGCAGCAGCUGCAAAGAGAAUCUAG